CAUCUAAAAUAUGGCGGCACAGCAACGUGGGGUGUCGCACUCCAACUUAGAAGAAAUAACUAUCGGACAAAUGUCUGCAUCGAGUGAAGAUGAAGGGCCCGAGGAAGUCGCUUUUGAUGCCUCGAAGACUGUCGCACUCAAGAGCAUGAAGGAUGCAUUAGAGUCGGUCAAAAGGGGAAAGGAGCAGCUGAAGGAGAAGAGAAGGAAAAGACAGCUGUUUUUCCAAAAACAAAAGGAAAAGCGACUUCCACAAACGCUUUUAGAAGAACUUGAAACGGUGCCUCAGAAACAACCGAAGCCUUCAGAUGAAAAAGAUGAGGAGGACACAGAGAAGAAAGCAGAGGUGAAAAAGCCAGCCAGAGUGUCUAAAAGUUUGCAAGGCAACUGCAGUGUGAUGUGGGUAAAGGAUAGAUCCACUGCCUACUCCCUGCAGCAGUCAGCAAUGGACUUUGUUCAUGCACGUCUCUAUGGACCAGGAACGCAGAGAACAACCAAUGCUCAGGUUCUAUCCCUUGAGAGGAAACGGGGUCUCAAUCAAGGAGCAGCUGUACAAUUUGUGAAUAAGAAAUUGGGAGCUGAACAGAAAGCCAAGGCAGAGAGGACCAACAAGAGGUUCAUUCGCAAGCAGAAGCUGAUUCCCAGCUGAGAGCCGCAGUGUAGUUAUGGGCAUGUAGAGGUGACAGCAGCACGACGUCAGCCUGUCUCGCCUGCUGCUCAGUUCAGCACAUCUGUAGAUGGAGGUCUGCAGACAAGCGAGUCAGAGCUGCCACAGAGCCAAUGUGGACAAAGAAACUCUUGGAAUUGGUGUUUUUUUUUUUUUUAAUUUGAGGCUAAGUGAAAGCCUUGCUGAUCUUGGAGAGCACAAAACUGGGGGAAAAAAGUUUCAAAAUGUGUCCCUCUGUAACAUGAAACUGGCUCUAAGACUCAAAGUUGAGUUGCUUUGGUUACGAGUCACCCAUCCUAUCCCAGUUCAGUUGUUCAUGUGUCUGCCGACAGAUGCUAAAUGUAUUUAAGUAAUGUAUGUUCACUUUACAUUAUGUAUGGAAAAAAUAAAUGACAUUGUUUCAUAGUGAAUCUGAA